UGCGCUCUUAACUGCUCGGAGGACGCUAUGGCGGCGGCGGCUGAAGUUUCUCAUUUGCAGGAGUGCGGCUGUAAGGGCAUCCGNACCUGUCUUAUCUGCGAGAGACAACGCCACAGGGACCCGCCCUGGCAGAUCUGCCUUCAGAAAAAAUGCUGUUUCCUCUACUGCCCGGACACAGGCUGGGCCUUGGGGGCCGAGGGCUCUGACUUGGAGGGUUGGGCAUUCCCCUUCCCAGGAGUGACACUGAUACAGGACUUUGUGACCCCAGAGGAAGAAGCUGAGAUGGUGCGUCUGAUGGACUGCGACCCCUGGAAGCUCUCACAGUCCGGGAGGAGGAAGCAGGACUAUGGCCCUAAAGUUAAUUUUCGGAAGCAGAAGCUGAAGAUGGCGGGCUUCCAGGGUCUCCCUGGCUUUAGCCAGAAGGUAGUCCAGAGAAUGGGCCUUUACCCGGGGCUGGAGGACUUCCAGCCUGUGGAACAGUGCAAUCUGGACUACAGCCCUGAGCGGGGCUCCGCCAUCGACCCCCACCUGGAUGACGCCUGGCUGUGGGGCGAGCGGUUGGUGAGCCUCAACCUCCUGUCAGCUACAGUGGUGUCCAUGUCUCCAGAGGCCCCUGGCAGCCUGCUUCUCUGCUCAGCCCCCUCCGUCAGACCUGAUGCUUUUGAGGACAGCAUUGUGGCUCCUAGCAAGUCUGUCCCCUGCCAAGAGGUGGAGGUGGCCAUCUCAGUACCCCGCCGCUCCCUGUUGGUGCUUAGAGGGGCCUCGCGGCACCAGUGGACACACGCCAUCCACCGCAGACACAUCAAGGCCCGCCGUGUGUGCGCCACCUUCAGGGAGCUAUCCAGUGAGUUCCUGCCUGGAGGGAAGCAGCAANAACUGGGCCAAGAACUGCUGCAGGCUGCACUCUCGUUNCAGGGGANACCNGUNUGAUGCCUCCCAGGGCCCAGGAGCUAUCACUGGCCUGGCCGAAAGCUUGGCUCCAGCACAACCGUNGGAGGGGCUAACACUGAGGUCUCCCCACAACAGUAGAUUCGUGGGGGUUUUUUGAGACAAGGUCUCAUGUAGCCCAGGCUAGCCUCCAAUUAAUUAUGUAGCUAAGGAUGACCUUGGACUCUUGACUUUUCUACCUCCUCUUCCCAAGCUCUGGCUUGAUUGUUUUGUUUUGUUUCUCUUUUUUGGGACAGGGUCUCCGGCCUAGACUGGCCUCAGACUCUGUGUCCAGCCAAGGAUGACUUUGAACUCCUGAUUCUCCUGCCUCUACCUCUUGAAUGCUGGGAUUUCCAGCAUGCACUAUCAUAUGCAGCUUUUGUCUGUGCCGGGAUGGCAGCAAGCGUUCUGCCAGCUGAGCUACCCCCCCUAGCCUGUUGGGGGUUUUUGAGACAAGGCCUCACAUGGGCUAGACCGGCCUGGAACUCUCCAUCCUCCUGCCUCAGCCUCCCAAUCGCUGAGGUGACAGCGUACUGGUGANGUUUUAUGAGGAGCCAUCUGACCCUUGACGUCAUGAGCAUCGUAUGCCCUGCCCGGAGCUGGUUCUGCUGGGCCUGGGCUGCGGCCAUCCCUCAGCUCACUGAGUAUCAUAUGUGGAGGGAUUGAGUCUUUUAGAACUUCAGUACUUGGGACGAGUAAGAUGGCUCAGUAGCUAAAGGCGCUGCCACCAAGCCUGACGUUCAGUCUCUGCCAUCCACAUGGUGAGAGGAGUGUCCCCUGAUCUCCACACGUACAUCACCCCCUUUGAUAAAAUUCAUAAUAAAAGAAAACCCUUGGUCUCAUGUGAAA